AUGGACCGCGUAGCGAACAGCAAGAUUAGGAAGAGAAAGGCUGAAAGUCAAGACAACGAAAGAUUGCACAAACGCCUGAGCUUACUGAAUUUAGAGCGUAAUGGCGAGAAGCUCUAUGUACCAGUGGAACAUCCCGCCCCAAACACUACGAAGCCCAAAUCGCCCGCGCAACGACCAACUCGAGAUGAUGAUAUGAUGCAGUUGGACGACACGAAGCACAAAGUUUACAUCUACGACCUAGACGCUGAGCUAUCAGACAGCGAAUCCUCCGACGAUGGCAAGCUUGUCUUCCUACCAGACAUUCAAAAGCACCUUCUUGAAACGCGCAUUCCUCCCAUGGUAUUGGCAAACAGCGAUGGCGAACUGGCAGGCAAUAACCAAUUAGUGCUUUAUAAUAUUCCAAGUUCAUUGACGGUACCCGAGGAGCAGGAUAGUGUUCGGAAGGCUAUUAUUGAAACGAGAGCUAGAGCUCGGGCGGCGCAAGAGCAGAGACAGAACGAAGAGGCUCGACAGACGGAGCUGAAGAAGACAUCUAAUGCCCAAGACUGGUAUCGACACGUGGAGAAAGGCGGAAAUACUUCUCAAGCACCAAGUUCUGGAUUUCCAACACUGGAACCUAUGGAUGGGGAGCCUACCGUACCCAUGAUCCAAGGACCUCUGGACGAUGAUCCAGACGCCAUGGACUUGGGAUGA